GCAUAUUUCUGUUACUAAUUUUCACAACUAUAAAAAUUCAACUGUUAUAAACAUGGAUCGCUAUAUAACAAGAGAGAGAAAAAUAAAUCCAAACCAGCCAGAGCAUCUCACGGGAAAUCAAAUGAUUGAGUUUUCACCAACUAGUGCAGGAAAUAAUAUUACUAUGAAUCAACCAAACCCCGGUUAUCAGUACACUGGAGGCAAUUACAUGCAAAAUGUGGACAGCCCAGGGAACCCCCCUGCAUUUAAUAUGAAUCAAAAUCCAGGUGUUAUUUCUGGAAUAGAUCCCAGAUAUCUAGCAUCUUAUGCUAACAGCGGUAGUAUUGCCUCGGGGAUGCGAUGUCCGGAUUUGGCUAAAUAUCAACCCGGGCCUCAAGUAAAAGAAAACAACUUCCCCAAAGAACUUCCAUUCCAGCAUAAGGGUAAUAUUGAGCAUCUCACAAGAAAUCAAAUGAUUGAGUUUUCACCAACUAAUACAGGGAAUAAUAUCACAAUGAAUCGACAAAUUCCUGGAUAUCAGAUGUACACUGGGGGAAAUUUUACGCAAAAUGUGGACAACCUAGGAAACACUGAUUUAAACAUAAAACAAAACUCAGGGGCUUAUUCGGGAAUAGAUUCCAGAUAUCUAGCAUCGUAUGCUGAUAACAGCGCUGCUUAUAUUUCCUCAGGAGCAUCAAAAGAACAAUUGGAGUCGACAAAAAUACCAAUAAAUGCAUUUGCUGAAUAUCAGAAUCGCACAUUUGUCGGCGCGCAAAAGAUAGAAAAAUCUCUUCACAAGUCUGAGUUGGCUAAGUAUCAAUCCAGGUAUCAACAGAAAGAAAACAUAUUUCCCAAAGAAAGCCUACUACAGCAUAAAAUUAAUAUUGUCAAUAAAGCACCAGAGCUUUCGACCUCAGCAAGUUCGACGCAAAUUCAAGUUCAAAGUAAAGCCCGCUCUGAGUUACAAAAGGAACUUUAUAAACAAGGCCCAAGGACAUUUUCUGGUCCUCUAGAAAUGGUUUUGAAAUGGCAUAAGAGUUUACAAGACAUAGGAGUUGUAAUCCUUUAUGAAAUCGUGGCCAAGUGUGUGAAUGUAAGAGCUGGCGAGUCGUGUGCCAAGAAUUUAGUUUUGAGAGAUGAAAAUGGUCCGGCGAUGCAGGUCGUCUAUUAUGAGAUAGACUUUCUUAUGCCUGAGAUUAAGCCGCCUUGUACUGUACGAGUAAUUGGUCGAAUGUUAGCUGGCACAAAUCGCUUACAAGCGUAUAGCGUGCGACUGGCGACAAGUGAUGAUGUUGCGACCAUGCCGCGUCGCACCGCAAUCGCAGCUCAUCACGUUUCAAAGCUUUGCAAGGAAUACGGAUUGAAAAAUUAAAAAUAUUCAUAAAUGUUCCUCUUAAUAUGCUAAUUAAAAUAAUUUGCUUU